AGGCAGGGCCACUGGCAGAUCGUGGACCUCCUGCUCACGCAUGGAGCUGAUGUCAACAUGGCAGACAAGCAGGGCAGGACACCACUGAUGAUGGCUGCGUCCGAGGGACACCUGGGCACGGUGGAGUUUCUGCUGGCACAAGGUGCCUCCAUUGCCCUGAUGGACAAGGAGGGCUUGACAGCCCUCAGCUGGGCUUGCCUCAAGGGCCACCUGCCCGUGGUGCGUUCCCUGGUGGAGAGUGGAGCUGCCACGGACCACGCGGAUAAGAACGGGCGCACGCCGCUGGACCUGGCCGCGUUCUACGGCGACGCAGAGGUGGUUCAGUUCCUGGUGGACCACGGGGCCAUGAUCGAGCACGUUGACUACAGCGGGAUGCGGCCGCUGGACAGGGCGGUGGGCUGCCGCAACACCUCGGUGGUCGUCACCCUGCUGAAGAAAGGAGCCAAGAUAGGUCCAGCAACAUGGGCGAUGGCAACCUCCAAACCAGACAUCAUGAUCAUCCUGUUGAGCAAGCUGAUGGAGGAGGGAGACAUGUUUUAUAAGAAAGGUAAAGUGAAAGAGGCUGCCCAGCGCUACCAGUAUGCCCUGAAAAAAUUCCCCAGGGAAGGGUUUGGAGAAGACCUGAAAACCUUCCGUGAGCUGAAGGUGUCACUGCUUCUCAACCUCUCCCGAUGUCGAAGGAAAAUGAACGAUUUUGGGAUGGCAGAGGAGUUUGCCACUAAAGCCCUGGAGCUGAAACCGAAGUCUUACGAAGCUUACUAUGCAAGAGCAAGGGCCAAACGCAGCAGCAGGCAGUUCUCAGCAGCCCUGGAGGACCUGAACGAGGCCAUCAAGCUGUGUCCCAACAACCGUGAGAUCCAGCGGCUGCUGCUGCGGGUGGAGGAGGAGUGCAGGCAGGUCCAGCAGCCGCCGCCGCCGCUCCCGGCAGAGCCAGAGCCUGAGGCCCAGCACGAAGAGCUCUACUCUGUGCAGGACAUCUUCGAGGAGGAGUACCUGGAGCAGGACGUAGAGAACGUUUCCAUCGGCUUGCAGACAGAGUCCAGGCCCAACCAAGGGCUGCCCAUCAUCCAGAGCCCACCCCCGUCCCCAGCUCACCGGGACUCAGCCUAUAUCUCUGGCUCACCUCUCGGCACUCAUCAGGUCUUCGAUUUCAGGUCCAACAGCUCUGUGGGUUCACCGACCAGGCAGGGCUACCAGUCCACGUCUCCCGCUCUGUCUCCGACGCACCAGAACUCCCAUUACAGGCCCAGCCCUCCGCACACGUCCCCGGCCCACCAGGGCUCCACGUACCGCUUCAGCCCUCCUCCCGUGGGCAGCCAGGGCAAGGAGUACCAGAGCCCACCACCUUCUCCUCUCCGCAGAGGGCCCCAGUACCGAGCCAGCCCCCCAAUGACACAAAGAUCCUUCCAGAUGCCCCAGUUGCCCGUGGCCGUGCCGCAGCAGGGGCUGAGGCUGCAGCCAGCCAAGGCACAGAUCGUGAGGAGCAACCAGCCCAGCUCCGCCGUCCAUUCCAGCACGGUCAUCCCCACCGGCGCCUACAGCCAGGUCGCCCACUCCAUGGCCAGCAA